GUGAAGAAUAAAUUUAGUAUACCAGAGCUAUUUUCAUUUGCGGUAGUACGAAGUGAGUAUUCUCGUUCUAAUGGCGUCAACUCGUCUGGUGUAUUGCUUGGUGGGCAUUGUUACGAUUCUGGUCCUGACCGUAGCCGCUUCUGUGGGGGUCCUUGUGUGGAGAUAUGCCACUGUGGCCGACGCCUUGGUGGACUUUGACAGUUGUAGGGAGGAAAGUCUACCUGAGUUGUUUCCUGGUUAUUUCCGAAACGCCGAGCAGCAGUUUUUGUUCCUAGCACAGUUUAACAACGAAACGGGCCCUUUAGAUACAUAUCCUCCAAAAAAGUGUGGAUUCUAUUGCCCUGGUCGGAAUGCGUCCUCGCCUGUUGAGGUGACGACACUCAGCACGAACAACAACAACACAACAGAACUGUUCGCGGGACAACGAGGACGACGAGAUGUCAGCAAUGUGGGAAGUUACCGCCAGGUGGCGCCGUUAACCGAUUCUCGUGUCCGUCAGAAGCGAGACGUGCCUGCUGGCGCUACAGUUCUGUUUGGACCAGUGUACCAUGCUUGCUGUCAGUCAUGGCGUAUCGUAACAACUCCGGUAUCUGCAGAAACUUUGGGCGGAGAAGUGGUGGAACUGGUCCAGAACGUGGCUGGAUUUUCACAGUAUUUUGUCUCUGAAUAUUUCGAAGAAGAAUCGACAUGCGAGAACUGCCAAUGCUAUCAGCCCGUCCCAUUUGUUUACAGCGCCGUCUAUUACAAAGACAAAAGGUCCAAUAAUUUCAAGAAGAAAUACGGUGUUACCUCCAUCAAGUUGCCAGGGUGUUGCAAGUGUUUAAAUAUUUGAAAGGUAUAUACUGUUUGUAUGAACAGAGUGUAGCAAUAUGCGUUUCAUCACACUACAAUAACGGUAUUACCAAGCUCAUGGACAUGUGCUUUAUUAUUGUCAAAGUAAUAGGGGUUAAAAUUGUUGAGUGUACAUGCUAUACUUCCGUCAUGCGCAUGGGGGUGGAGGUGGGGUCUCCACUCUAUGUUAGGUCCACGCUGCGUUGCAAAUUAGACAGGCGAUGGACGUUCGAAUUAUGAACAGAUUAUGUCAUCUUUUUAGCCUAGGCGACUUGAAUAGAUCUCAAGAGUGGUGUUCUAUGUGAAAAUGAACACGCCUUUUCUACAGUAGAUGACCUACGGCUCUGUUGAUGCAGAAUACAGAAAGUGUGGGAAACUUAUGUGGAGAAGUGACGUAUAGAGUGUAGCAUUUACAAACAUUUGAAAAAAAUGUCAUUUUUGAAAUCGUAACCGAGAUAUACCUGUAAGUAAUUGUGGUUUUACGCGGGCAGUCAUAUUGAACUAAAUUGUGACCUGACCGACAUCUAUAAGCAGCUCCCCUAACAGUGCCCAGGAUUUAUUUAUUUAUUUAUUUACUUUGUGUUUUACGCCGUAUUCAAGAAUACUUCAUUUACACGAUCCAUGGCCAGCAUUAUGGUGGGAGGAAAUCGAACAGAGCCCGGGGGAAUCCCAUGACCACCACAUGGAUGUUAUACUGCCGACUGGAUUUGACGCUUAAUUAACAACCGUUGGAUUAUCUUUGAUACAUACCGAGCUUAAAAGCUAGUGUUCGUAUAUGAUAAAGUAUCUGCUAUAAAAUCUUCAUUUCAGAAAUGAAUAAUUAUGCGGUGUCGCAGAUGUGUGUGUGUCCAUGAUUAAACAGUGCGAAAUAUGUAAAGGUUAAGUGUUGGUGGUGUGUGGGAUUCCACACAAUUAAUUUUAAAAGACACACGACACAUCCGGCUGGAAGUGAAACACACUGUAUAGUUCUCCGGUGCCCACAGAUAUUUUAUUUUAUAAUGUAUAUUCAUCUUGCAUUAUGUAUCUACAGCAAGAUUUCAGCUAACAUGCUAAAUUUGUGUACAUGUAUGCAAAGUCACACCACUUUUGUAAGGGAUGGAAGGUACUCUGCCUUCUCUUUGGCUGACAGGCCACACUUCUAAAAUAUACAGGUUAACAAUAUGGUGAGCUGUGGAGACGUUUAGCUUUUACUUGCUUUUAUAUAUUUGGAACCUUGUAGUUUGUUAACGAAACCCUGAAACUCUAAAUUUGUUGCCAUAGGGAUUAUCUGUAAUGAAUUUUCAAUUCCAGUAUAAAUGGUCUGACAGUUUUCUUGUAUUUUAAAGUCAAAAUGUUGUAAAUAUAGUAUUUAAGAAAAUUGUUUUGACCUUAAAUAGGUAAUUGCACAUGUAUAGUAGGUCUAUGAUACUGUCAUCGCUUCUCUGGCUUUACUCUCUAUGCUGUAUACGUCCACCACAUUGUCGCCGCUUCCCUGAAUUUACUGUCUAUGCUGUAUACGUCGUUUCCCUGGCUCUACUGUCAUUGCUCUAUGUCCGUGAAUAUACAGUGUAAUUUUACCCAGGAAGAACGUCAUAUUGUCAUAUUCAAAUACAUCGUGUGAUGUUAAAUUUAUUAUUUAUGCACUUACAUGAAUGCUGUGGGGGAAACCAGUAUAUUGGAAGACGGGCUUACAAUUCAGAUUAACAUUGCAUUGACUACAAUUUAAUAAUGUAAGUCAUUGUUUUCUACCUGUGAGUACAUAAAUGAGGGAAAAGGCAAUCUCUUUCAACCACCCUGUAAGGUUUUCUCAUUUUAUAAGGUGUGUGGCGGCAAACCAGCCACCUUGGGUGUAAAGAGAAUUUAUUAAUCGACAGAUGUAUACGUAAACCUGUUUAGAAUUUAUCACAUCGCCCAUCAUAUGACUGAUAUGCAUUAAUCAACAACCAGCUGAUAAUGUAAUCUAUGUUUGCUAAGAUUUACAUACUGAAUUUUUAAGGAGCAAUACAUUUAAAUGGUGAUUUUUCUUGACUUAUUGUAUUUCUAUUCCAGUAAAGUAAAAAAUCUGAUUGCUCUGAUGUGGAGAACAGGUGUCGGAAAAAAAAACAUGAAUUUUAAC